GGGCAUGCUAAACUGAGCAUUUUAGAAAGGAAAGGAAAAGCAGAAAGAAAAAUAAUAGCCAAAAACAGAUGAUCCCAAAUUGAGUAUUGUUUGGGUUAUUUAGAGGAAAUAUAUCUGGAUCGAAGAUCUCUGGGUUUGUGUGUGUUUUGGGUUAUAUACAUAUAUAUAUAUAGAUAGACAGAUAGAGAGAGAGAGAUGGGGAGGGGUAGGGUUCAGCUGAAGAGGAUAGAGAACAAGAUCAACAGGCAAGUGACCUUCUCCAAAAGAAGAGGUGGAUUGCUUAAGAAGGCUCAUGAGAUCUCUGUUCUAUGUGAUGCUGAGGUUGCCUUGAUUAUCUUCUCCCACAAAGGGAAGCUCUUUGAGUAUUCCACUGAAUCCAGCAUGGACAAGAUACUGGAGCGCUAUGAGCGAUAUUCUUAUGCAGAGAGGCAGCUGGUUGCUGCUGAACCUGAUUCACAGAUCAAUUGGUCAGUGGAGCACAACAGACUUAAGGCUAGGGUUGAACUUCUACAGAAAAGCCAUAGGCAUUAUAUGGGAGAAAAUCUGGAUGUGCUGAGUCUGAAGGAGCUGCAAAAUCUAGAGCAACAAAUUGAUACUGCCCUCAAACAGAUUCGAUCAAGAAGAAGCCAGAUCAUGCAUGAGUCAAUCACUGACCUUCAGAGAAAGGAGAAAGCAAUUCAGGAUCAAAACAACUCGCUAGCUAAGCAGAUCAAGGAGAGGGAGAAGGCUGCAAUGGCACAGCAGAUACAGUGGGAGCAACAAAGCCAUGGCCACAAUGCUUCUUCCUUCCUUCUACCACAACCGCUACUUCCCUGUCUUAACAUGGGUGGCUCGUACCAGGAACAAGUGCCAGAAGUGAGAAGAAAUGAGCUUGACCUCACACUGGAACCAAUCUACUCAUACAACUUGGGCUGCUUUUCUGCUUGAGCUGGAGGUGAAUGUGUAAAUCUAAUUAAUAUAUGGGGCAUGAAAAGUAGUGAAAGUAAGUAAAGAGACUUUUGAGUUUGAUAUGUGUCAUGUACCAUGAUUCCAUAUUCUCUUACUCCAUCUGAUAUAUAUAUAUAUAUAUAUAUAGCAUAUAUCUAAUCUUGAUGUUGUAAAAGACACAUUAUUCUACUGAUAUAUUAUCUUGGAUGAUGCCACAUUAUUAUUAUUAAUUAAUUGCUCGA